GUGAAAUAGAACAUAGAGAAGGUUCAUACUGCUUAUCGUGGUAAACUACAAGUUCCCUUCUCACUCUCCCUCCCACUCAAAAGGAGUCAGAAUCACUCUUGUUCCCAGUUUUCCAUUGUUUUCUCUUCUCUCUAAGAGAAAUAGCCCUCACCCUAGGCCUCACUCCAAAAUCCCAAUUUCUCCACAUUUUUUCAUCCAAACCAUCCACAAAUUUGUUCAAUCCUCCGCAAUUUUGAAGCAAAAUUGCAAUGGAGGGGCGGAGGAUAUCGGCAAUCCCUCGCCCGUGCGCCGGCCGGCGAGUUUCGGCCUCGAAGAAGCGGCCCCGUGUCGACGGGUUUCUCAACAGCGUCAAGAAGCUUCAGAGGCGCGAGAUUUCGUCGAGGCGGGACCGGGGUUUUAGUAUCAGCAAUGCCCAAGAACGAUUUCGCAACAUGCGGUUGAGGGAGGAAUAUGAUACCCAUGAUCCCAAGGGACCUUAUUCGCCGGUACUACCUUUUAAGAGAACAAAAGUUAUUGAGAUAGUGGCUGCCCGUGACAUUGUCUUUGCUCUUGCACAUUCUGGUGUUUGUGCAGCUUUUAGCAGAGAGACAAAUGAAAGGAUAUGUUUCCUGAAUGUGAGUCCAGAUGAAGUCAUUAGAAGCUUGUUUUAUAAUAAGAACAAUGAUUCGCUAAUCACUGUUUCAGUUUAUGCGUCAGACAGCUUUAGCUCUUUGAAAUGCAGAUCCACAAGGAUUGAAUACAUAAGGAGGGGCAAGCCUGAAGAAGGUUUUGCUCUCUUUGAAUCUGAAUCCUUGAAGUGGCCUGGCUUUGUAGAAUUUGAUGAUGUUAAUGGAAAGGUGCUAACUUACUCUGCACAAGAUAGCAUAUACAAGGUGUUUGACCUGAAAAACUAUGUUAUGUUGUACUCUAUAUCUGAUGAAAAUGUGCAAGAAAUAAAGAUAAGUCCCGGCAUUAUGUUAUUGAUUUUCAAUAGAGCUACAAGUCAUGUUCCUCUUAAGAUUUUAUCAAUAGAAGAUGGCACAGUUCUCAAAGACUUCAACCAUCUACUUCAUCGAAAUAAGAAAGUGGACUUCAUAGAACAAUUCAACGAAAAGCUUCUUGUCAAGCAAGAGAAUGAGAAUCUUCAGAUUCUUGAUGUUCGGAAUACUGAACUGAAAGAAGUUAACAGAACUGAGUUCAUGACUCCCUCUGCAUUUAUCUUUCUGUAUGAGAAUCAGUUGUUUCUAACAUUUAGAAACAGAACUGUUGCUGUAUGGAACUUCCGAGGGGAGCUUGUAACGUCAUUUGAGGAUCACCUGUUAUGGCAUCCAGACUGCAACACAAAUAACAUCUAUAUAACGAGUGAUCAAGAUCUUAUUAUUUCUUACUGCAAGGCUGAUUCUAGUGAUCACUGGACGGAAGGAAAUGCUGGUUCUAUCAAUAUCAGUAAUAUUUUGACAGGGAAAUGCCUGGCUAAAAUAAAUGCUAGCGAUGGCCGCCCCAAGGUUGAGGAGCGAAGGAGGAGGAGAACUGGCAGCUCCUGCAUGAUUAGAAGCACAGUUGCAGAGGCUUUGGAAGACAUAACUGCUCUUUUCUAUGACGAAGAACGCAAUGAAAUCUAUACAGGUAACAAGAACGGCCUGGUUCAUGUAUGGUCCAACUGAUGCCCUGUUUGCUUGAAUUUUGCUCCUGAUGAUACACGCUGCUGCUGGAGGGGUGCCAUUCCCACCAGGCUGCCUUACCAUAAAAGCACUAACUUGGGCAGAGUGUAUCAUGAAAUGAUCCAAAAGUACUUCUCUCUCUAUCUGUGUUAGAUUUGUCAUUCAACCUUCUGUUGAUGUUCAUUUUGGCUCAUUUAGGCUGAAUGAGAGAUAAGAGCUAAUGUACCAGUAGAUAUAUCAAAGCGUCUGUAGGAGUUUGAUUACCGAUCAUCGGAUGUACAAUAGUUUGAAUUUUUCUGAUUGUUUCUAAUUUGUUAUUGUGCUACCAUUGUGUAAUUGAAUGGGCAGAUGAUGUUGAAUUUAUUUGGGAAGUGGAGAAGCUUUCAUAUAUCAAUUGAAAGAACUUGAGUGUACCCUACAAAAAAUGAAGGGUAUAUGGGUGGUGGUUCCACU